AUGGAUUCCCGAGGCAAAAUUUUCCCAAAGGGUUCCAGAAACUCAAUUCCAAUCUUCCCAACCGAGCAUUUCCAGUUCCGUGAUUCUCAGAACGUAGAAUCUGAUAGUUCUAGUGACGAUCCGGUUCCCGAAAGAAAUGAAGAAGAAACUAGUGAGGAGUUGCGACCUGUUGUUGAGAAAAAACGCACCUUUACAAACCAUCAGAAGUCAAAGAAAUGGGUGGAACGUGAAGAGUUGGCUUUAGCUAGGGCAUAUGUCGAUUGUUCUCAAGAUAAACAGCGUGGAAACCAACAACAAUUUGAUGCAUUUUGGGAUCGGGUUCUAGAGCAUUUUAAUGUUCAGAUUGGAGGUUCAGAUCAGACACGACACCAAGUAAACUCAAAAUGGAAAGACCUGCAAAAGAAAUGUAACACUUUCAACUGCAUCUAUAACCGUAGGAUGAACAGUGUGGCUAGUGGGAGAUCUGAGGCUGAUGUUUUAAAAGCCUCACUAAGCGAGUAUCGGAGUACUGUUAAUCAAAAAUCCUUUCCUCAUCAAAAAGCUUGGGAGUGGUUGAAAGACCACGAGAAAUGGGCGUUGUAUCCUCCCAGAUUCCCCCAACAACAACAACCUUUUAAUGUUGAAGACUCACCACCUCAGAGAAAAAGAAAAGGAAAAAAAGUGGCAUCAGUAUCGUCAACACAAAAUGAAAUGUUUGAUCUUGUCAACCAUAUUGCCAGCAUCAACACUACAACCAACAUAGAGGCGAAACAGAGACAACGGUACCGGGAACAAAAAUUACGUAUUUUAGAAGCUAAUGAAGCACUGAAAGCUCAAUUGUUGGAGCGAGAGAUAGAGAACCAAGAUAUGGAGUAUUUUCUACGACCGCAUGAUCAUUUGACUGGAGCUAUUUUGAGCACGGUUCUUGAAAGGAAACGACAAAUUGCAACUAAAUAUGGUUGGGAGUUGUAG